AUGGCAUCCGCCCGUGCUAGAAAGCCAGCUGCGGCUGAAGCACCCAAAAAAUCAACCAAGGACUCAAAAACAAAGGAGUCUGCGGCACCCAAGAAACCCGCACCAGCCAAAAAGACCUCCCCCAAGGCUGCAAAGACAGCUCCUAAGAAAACCUCUCCCAAGACUACAAAGACGACUCCUCUACCUGCAUCCGCACCUGAGCAGAUCUCCAAGAAGCGCAAGGCUGAGGACGACGCAGACGAAGAGCCCAAAGUCAAUGGAGUAAAGAGAGUGAGGGCUAAGUCUGCCACACCAGUCGCGGAGGAACCAAAAAAGAAGACCACCGCAGCGAAAACCACAACCGCCAAGAAGACCAAAGCAAAGGCUCAGAUCAAUCACACUCCUACUGAGAAAUUGAAUGUCUUUGUCUUCGGUGAGGGAUCCUCUGGCGAACUCGGCCUAGGAAGUGCAAAGGGUCAAGUCGAAGUCAAGAGACCGCGCUACAAUCCCAACCUGGCUCCAGAAAAUAUCGGAGUUGUUGCUCUGUCAGUCGGUGGAAUGCAUACUGCAGCUCUUACACAUGACAGCAAAAUCUACACAUGGGGCGUCAACGAUCAGGGUGCCUUGGGUCGAGACACAACUUGGGAAGGCGGACUGCGAGACAUGGACGACAAUGAUGAUGACGACAGUGAUUCAGACAGUGGCUCCGAGACUGCCAUCAAUCCCAAAGAAUCUACACCUGGCGAGGUCGACACGUCGGGACUUCCCCAGGGCAUCACUUUCACCCAGGUCUCUUGCACCGACAGUGCAACUUUUGCUCUCACAAGUGAAGGAGAUGUCUACGGCUGGGGCACAUUCCGUUCGAACGAAGGUAUUUUCGGUUUCGACCCUCAGACCCUGGUGCAGUCUCGCCCCAAAUUGAUCAAGGGAGUCAGCAAGAUCACCAAACUCGCCACUGGCGCCAACCAUGUCCUCGCCCUUUCACAAAAUGGCAUUGUCUACGGCUGGGGAGCAGGUCAACAGGACCAACUUGGUCGUCGAAUUUUGGAAAGAAGAGCAGCAAAUAGCUUGAUUCCCAUGCCCAUUGGUCUCCCCAAGAAUAUUGUCGGCCUUGGAGCCGGCUCCUACAAUUCCUUCGCAAUUAGAGCAAACGGCGAUGUCUACUCCUGGGGUUUGAACAACUUUGGCCAGACUGGUAUCCCCAAGGAGUUUGACGAGACCGGAGCUAGCAUCGGCUCUGACGUCCACCACCCUAUCGUCAUCGAAAGUCUCCAUGGUAAAGGAAAGGUCAUCUGCAUCCAGGGUGGCGCGCACCACACUGUUGCUGUUACAGACAAGGGCGAGCUUCUCACCUGGGGUCGAUUGGAUGGUUGCCAGACCGGCCAUAAAGUCUCGGAACUCCCCCAGGAUGACGUCGUUCGUGACUUGGCUGGCCAUCCGCGUAUCUUGACCGUUCCCACCCAAAUUCCUAACAUCAACGCCGUGUUUGCUUGCGCUGCGUCGGAUCACUGCAUCGCCAUCGACAAGAACGGCAAGGCGUAUUCAUGGGGGUUCAGCACGACAUUUCAGACCGGUCUCGGUACUGACGACGAUGUCGAGACAGCUACGCUUAUCGACAACACUGCCGUGAGGGACAAGAAACUUGUGUGGGCAGGCGCAGGAGGACAAUUCAGUGUCGUGGCGGGUGUUCCAGCUCCAAUGGUCAACGGUGUCAAUGGUCAUGCUUGA